AUGAUACGCGACCUAACAUUCGGCGAGUCCUUCGACGCAGUUGGUCAAGGAAAGACCAACGUCUGGGUCUCCAUCAUCAUCGACGGCGGUUACUUCAACAUGCUCAGCAGUCUCCGCAGGCGGCUUCCCCUCGUGAACCUUAUCCUCCCAUUCAUGCUCCCCAAGGACUCCGCCGCCAACGACCAUUUCUUCUCCUACAUCCUGCGCAAAGGCGGCAACGAAGUUCCCAGAGCAGAGCUCGUGAACCAAUCUAGCACGCUGAUCGUGGGCGGCUCAGAGACGACGGCAACAUGCUUGCUUGCUCUGGCUUACUACCUGCUCAAAGACAGAACACGUCUUGACAAAUUGAGCGAAGAGGUGCGAGCUGCGUUUGGAUCUGUUGGAGAAAUCACGAGCGAGUCUGCGUCCAGGCUGCCUUAUCUCAAUGCCGUGAUCGAGGAAAGCUUGCGGAUAUUUUCGCCUGCCUCCUUCGGAUUACCGCGCACGUGUCCUGGAGCCGUUAUCGACGGACACAUGAUACUGGAGGGUGUUACGGUGAGUGUCGAUCAGUGGGCUACAUCGCAUAGCCCACAAUAUUGGAAGGAUCCGUACUCAUUCAUACCGGAGCGCUGGAUCGAUGAUUCCUAUGGAGACAACAAGGAAGCUAGUCAACCGUUUUCGAAGGGGCCAAGAGCAUGUUUGGGGUCCAGUUUGGCGUAUCUAGAGAUGAAGAUUAUAGUGGCCAAAAUGGUCUUCUUGUAUGACUGGGAGUUGGUUAGCAAAGAGGUGGACUUGAUGGGACAGGCGCGCCUGUUUUUGAUGUUGAAGAAGCCUGCUUUGAUGGUUCGCUUCUAUCGUCGAGAAGACCUGUCAAAGACAGACUGA